AUGUCAACUCAACGGAAGGGAAGGCGAAAAAGUAUCCAGAACAGUGAUCCAGGCAAAAUUUUAGAUUUGGUGAUGAGUCUCAAUGAUGAAGCCUGUGCUCAGUUGCAAAUCAAAAUAAAUACUUAUCUUGCUGAUGAAUGUGAAGCUGACCUGGUACUGCUAGUGGUGGUGAACGCGGAGCGCAUGGAGGCGUCUAUUGAUGCAGUCGGAUCGGCUGCAUUGCAACGGAAACAUAAAAUAUGUAUGUCGCUGAAAUUAGGGGAUGUGCUGAAAUCUCUUCAGGAACAAACUGAAUUGUUGAGUAAUUUUCCACCCGACUUCCAAGCCAUACUCGCUCCUUACGUCCCGAAAGAUACCCAGAAGAGGCGUAUGGUGAUGUAUCCCAUCUCGGACCGGCCAUUCUCGGUGAUCGUAUGCAUUUUGGCGCCCAAAGUGCAAGAGGAUCACGUCGCCAUACUCAUCCAUGAAUGCUUUCUGUUCACUUGGCCUACCUUGAAGAAGACCAUUCGUUUCGAAUACGAAUGCACCCUAAAACAGAAAUGCCAACAACUCCUGCGCGUAGCUAAACGACUCUUCACUCAAGUGGCAUCCCUGGACACGCUUCUGCAGAUCGCAAUGGACCAGGCGAAGCAGUUGACCAAGGCCGAGUACUGUUCAGUGAUGCUGGUUGACGUGGAGCGAAUGGAACUCAUCGACUCCAGCGCCCACUGGAAGAAUCACUCUGAGGACGAAAAAGAACGCAGAUUUCCGCUAAACAAAGGAAUCGCUGGUUACGUUAUACAAACUGGUCAGCUGGUGAAUGCGAAGUCUGCUAAAGACCAUGGUUCUUUCGACGCCGACAUAGAUGGGGGUCCUGGUAUAGACUGCAAGACAAUCUUGUGCUUCCCCAUCCGAGAACAGACCGGGAUCAUUGGGGUGGGUCAGCUGAUCAACAAGAUUGGGGACCCCUACUUCGAUGCCAUGGACGAAGAGAUGGCUCUGGCCUUCAGCAUCUACUGUGGGGUGUGCAUCAUACAUUCGGUGGUCUACCAGAAGAUACAAGAGGCGCAUAUUCGGAACACGCUGGCUAAUGAGCUGGUCAUGUACCAUAUGAAGGUGGGUGAUGCGGAAGUGGCUCGGAUGCUGGAGUGCUCGGGUUUCCACAACCACCCGCAUCUAUCCAGCCUGCACUUCAACCCGCGCGCGCUGCCGCUGCGGGAGCUACCCUGCUAUGCGCUCAAGAUGUUCUCCGAUUUGGGAUUGGACAAAAAGUUUAACAUAAAAACCCCAAAACUAGCCCGGUUCAUCCUAUACGUGAAAAAGGGCUACCGCGACGUGCCGUACCACAGCUGGCUGCACGCGUUCAACGUCGGCCAGUGGGCUUAUGCCGCGAUUGUCAACUACAAACUCGUCUCGCAGGGGUAUUUCAGGUAA